AUGGAACCGAGUGUGGAUACUGCUACUGACGAGGAGUUUACCCAAUCACUCCAGUAUAUUUCGACAGAUAGUUGGUUCACUCGGACGUGGAUACUCCAGGAGAGACAAUGUGCAACGUCACUCAAGUUACUCGUCUCUAUCGAUACAACGGUUCACAUACCAGAAGACGUCCGGGAGUUUAUGGUCGGGAACGACGUUUGCUUGGACAUAUACUCGCUGAAUGAGGCCAUGGGGCUUCGCAUUGCGAUUGAUCCCGAUUACUACUGGAACAAGCCAGAUGUCAAAACAGCCUACGACAAGAUGUUGACGCUUCUCGGUUCCAUCCGCAUGCCACGACCCGAGGAGUAUAGCAUGCCAGAGUCCGUACUCACUCAUCGUUUUUUUCAAUUCCUCAAACUAAUGACGCUCUGCGACAACCUCGUCACCGCGGAUCGUAUAUCGAUCUUUGCCAAUGCCUGCGGCUUCCCAUACCACUUGCUAUCGAAUCGGUUAGAUCGACCAGAUAUCAGCUACGUUACAUGCAUGGUAGUCUUGAUGCUGGCCAACCUCUUUCCCAGUAUCGAGGAAGGAAAACAGAUGAUUGCGAGAGACUGGAACGUUGUUCCAUCGUACAACCUAUUCGCGAACACGUUCGACUUUAUGGAAUCGUUUCCGAGAAGAUACACCCCAUCUCCUGGGUCGGCUUGCCAAUUGUCUCUCGAGGACACGUAG